AUGAAAGUUUUUAUCGUCUUGUGUGUCGUGAUGGGGAGCAGCUUGGCCAGCGCUCAAUCUAUGACCUGCGUUGAUAGAGUGUGUGGCUGCUGUCAAACCCAGAAACACCUUCAACGCUUGGACCAGUUCUUCACCGAAGUUUACACCAAGUCGUAUGAAACGCUCAACAAGACCAAGCAAGCUCUCGAUAGCAGGAGAGCGGCUCGAGUUUCUUUCUCCGCCGUCCUCACUGACACCUCUCAGGACUGCACCAGCCAAGAAGCGACUACUGUGCCACAACGCGUCAUAUUCAACUCGGUGAGACUGGACAGUAACAGCUACUCCACCACCACCGGGGCCUUCACCAUUCCCCUCUCUGGCGUCUAUGUUAUCGCCGUCACCAUCUCCAAUUUCGACAACUACAAGUCCUGCGCCAACAUUGUUGUGAAAGGCGAAGUAGUGUAUAAGCUCGAUGAGAGAUCCGUAUCCGAUACCCAGGAUAGUGCCAGUGCCGUAGUACAAGUGUUCCUCUCCCCCGGCGAUGUGGUAUUGAGCAAAUACAAGCUGACGCAAUGUUAA